CGUCUCUCUUUCUACUCUUAAACGCCGCACACACACACACACACACACACGUCCAGAGAGCUACGCUAAAGCUUUUACACGCACUCGAAUCGAAACAGUAUCGUGGUAGUUGUCGACGGUUGCGGUUAUUUGUGGUAACCUACCUACGGCAAGCGGUAUAAAGCGUCGCUCGGUGGUCUAAUUUUGAGACAACUAAAUUUAAAAUAUACUAUUCGUAUAAAAAUUUGUUGUUUUUACCAAGUUUUUUUAAAAUAUUAAAAAAAUUGUAGUUUUUUGAAAUAAAAAUAAAAUCGAAUUAUUAUUAUUGAUUUUCCCGCGCAAUCCAAGUGAAUGGCUACUGCGGUCUGUAGUCUGACGGUGAUUCUGGUACGGAAAACACCUUGAACACAGCAGCUGGUGGUAUCUAAGUACCCAAUAUCCAAUCCAAGUAUAAAGCAUAUCGAAGUCGACAAUGAACUUCCACACGGACCAGUGCCAAAGCCGUCGGUCAAAGGGUGCGACGCCCAAACGGAACCGUACCGACGGGCUAUUAUUGCUGGCUAUCAUGGGACUCUGUACCGGCGCGGUUACUACACGAGCAGAGCCCGUAUCGCCUUCACAAGUGGCCGCAGCCGUCGAAGCAGCAGUUACUUCUGUGUCGACCGAAUCGUCAUCUUUCAGCUCAUUGAAUACAUUGUCCACGGCCACGGAAACCUCGGAUCAGCGGAACGGCGACCAGAACAAGCCGUAUCAGCAACAACAAGAACUGUUGUUGGCGCCCCUUCUGAUGACCCAAAACGGCGAAACGUGGCCUUUGCGCGGCGACGCCAUUGCGGGCCAAGACGCCUCGGCGGCGCCCAAGACGCCUCCAGCUUUGGAACCUCCAUACGGCGCGCCUCCUCCACCCCCCGCGGUCACACCCCGAGGGCCGGCCGUGAUCGUGGAGAUCCUGGCGUCUCCCAGCGCCUCCGAACAGCACAUCGAGAUCAUGGCCAGCGCCUCUUCCGACGGCCAAUCGCCGGCAAUGCAAAACAAUUUGGCCGACCCGACGGGUUUUUUCUACUACCCCGAACAACAGCAGCAAGCCGACCAACAGCCAACCAUCAACCUGGUCUACCCCGUGAUGCCGGCCGCGGAACAACAGACGGCGGUGCAACAGGAUACUUACAGACAAGACGACGGCGCGCAACAGUUGCAACCGCAAGCCGCAGCCGUUCAACCGCAACAACAGCAACAACCGCAACCCGGCUUGUUAGACGAGAACAAUAAUUCGAUAUCUCCGUCACCGGUCCGUCCGGAUCCGCUGCUGUUUCUGCAACAAUAUUCCUACUAUUACAACAACAACAACGAAAGCGUGCCGGAACAACCCGAACAGGCGCCGCCGCCGCUGCAACAAGGACAAUUGCAAUUGCUUUUGCAGCGAGAGCAGUUGCCGCCGUACCAACCACAACAACAACAACAGCAGCAGCAGCAGCAAUCGCCUGCCGCGGUCCAGACACAACAGCCUCAACCGAUGCCGCAACAACAACCGCAGCCCAACGGCAAUCCCAAUAGUUAUUACAAAAACAAUAAUAAUUAUGGCAACCAACAACAACAACAACAGGGUACUAUGUUCGUGGCGGCCGCCACGGCCGCGGCACCGCCGCAAUACUACUACAACAACAACAAUAAUUAUUACUACAAGUACCCGCAACCGGCCGCCGCUGUCGGUUUCCGGAACGGCGCGUCGUUGGCCGGCAACCGGAUGAUGAUGUACAACCGGAGGCGCAGGAGCAGGCAGGGAACGCCGCAGUACUGGCUGCCGCCGCAGCCGUAUCCGAGCAAGGACAGUCACGCGGACGCCAUCGCCGUACAACAACAACAACAACAACAACAACAGCUGCUGGCUGAGAACGCGGUGGCCGCCAGACACGAGCAGGACGAGCAACAACUGAACCGCGGCGGCGAGCCGGUCAAGCACGCGGCGGCCGUGGCCCCUUUCCGGCCCAGUCACCCGCUGUGGACUUCGCAAUACCCGGUGCCGUGGAUAUACUACGUCAAGUCCACGGUGGACGUGCCCAAACAGUUGCAAAACCCUCAGGCUUACAGGUACGGCCCGCACUCGCGCAAGUCCAGGGCGAAAUCGUCGGCCAGACCGUGGCAAUACUACAGCGGCGGUCGCAGAGACGCGGCGGCGGCUGCGGCGGCGGCUGUCGGCGAGCCGAGCAAAAAAGUCGUGUACAUCGAGUACGGCGGCUUCAAGCCGAAAAUGGUGCCGUCCGUCCAGGUGCAAUUCGGGUUCGACAACGGUGACGAGCCGCCGGCGUACUUGGCCGAAGACCAGGGCGCAGGACCGCGGGCGGCGGCGGCCGUCGAUUCGCAAGAGGCGUACGACACCAGCGCCAAAUACGCGGCGUCGGCGGCGGCUGCGUCGUCGAUCGGCCAAAACCAAACGUUGUCCGCAACGGCGGCCGCGGCCAACGACGUCGACGACGAUAACAACAGCAUCGUCGACGACCGGCAAGACGGCGGCGGCCAAUCGACGACGGUGUCCACCGCGACGGCGGCCGAAAAAAAAGACGCCCCCGCCACCCCCGCCGUCGAAAAUAACCUCGAACGCAACGGCAACGCAUCGGCCGCCGCCGUCGUUAACGCAACGGUUCCGCCGCACCACCAACGGCCUUUGGUGGUGGUCGUUUGAAAAUGCCAAAAAAAAAAAAACACCGCUUUAAAAAAAAAAUAAAAGCCCGAGCUAAAAAAUAAAAUAGCUGCUGAAAAAGGUAAAAAAAUAUGUAUGCCUAAUACAGAAAAAAAAAAACGUACCAACUUGGUUCUUUGUAAAUAGCUAUUAUAUUAAUUUAUUCGUUGUUUAAAUUAUUUAAAUUAUUGUCGUUAUUUUUUUAAUUAAUUUUAUGAUUAUAUGUUGGUACGACUGUAAUUAUUGCCGUCGGCGAU